AUGUCUCACACGGCCUUCUUCUACGGCACCCUUAUGGCACCUCCUGUCCUCCACCGCGUAAUAUGGGGUUCUUCCACCCCUCCAACACCUGCUCAUGCCUCCUUGUUACACGUUCGCCCUGCCAUUCUACACGCACACCAGCGGCACAAGGUCAAGCAUGCCGAUUACCCCGCCAUCCUACCCACCAAUGCAGCAGCUACGGUGCGCGGCACUCUCGUUGAAGGCUUGACAGAUGGAGACAUAUGGCGUCUGGACAUCUUCGAGGGCUCAGAGUAUGAGAGGAGGAGAGUGAAAGUAAGGGUAUUGCACGGCGGACAGGGACAAAGUCGUGGAGAAGAAGAGGAGCAAGGCAUGGGUUCGCUAACGCAGAACGAGCAAGAUAACGUCGAGGGUGAGCAAGUAGAAGCAGAGACAUACAUUUGGAUAGCAGGUGCUCACCGACUCGAGUCUGAAGAAUGGGACUUUGCAGAAUUCGUGCGGGAGAAGAUGAAGCGAUGGGUGGGGAGGGAAGCAGCAGAGACGGAUGAAGGGUUUCAAGAGGUCGACGACGCCGUCGCAGCAUUACAAGACCCUACCGGCGGACGCGGUACAAAUGGAACUAUAUCGCAACAGCUCAACCGAGCUGGAGAGUCAGAAGAGACACUACUGAAAAGUGCAGUAUAA